CUCCUCCUCCUCGCCAGGUCCCAGCCCCGCACUGUCUCGGUAUAAAAGCGCCGCCGCCUCCCCGCCCUCCCUCACUCGCCCGGCUGCCUGGAGCGCGGUGGUGCCUCUCGAGCGCGCGGUUUUGUGGCUUUUUUUUCCCGCCCCUCGCGAGGGAAGGAGGGAGGCGCCUCUUUGGAACUAAAAGCCUUUUCGUCCCGCCGCCUCUCCUCUCUCGUCGCCGCUGCCUGAGGGGAGAAAAGGCAAGGAGGAGGAGAGGGGCUUUGCCAGGAUGGCGACGGUGGUGCUGGAAGCGGAGACGGAGCCGUCUUGUAGCCUACCCAACGCGGUGCCCCCUUCGCCGAGCCUGUCGCACCGCUUUCUCGACAGCAAAUUCUACCUCCUGGUCGUUAUAGGCGAGCUCGUCACCGAGGAGCAUCUGAGGAGAGCCAUAGGCAAUAUUGAGAGAGGGAUCCGGUCAUGGGACACAAACCUUAUUGAAUGCAACUUGGAUCAAGAACUUAAGCUUUUUGUGUCUCGCCAUUCAGCUCGAUUCUCUCCAGAUGUGCGGGGUCAGAAAAUCCUUCACCACAGAAGUGAUGUCUUAGAAACUGUAGUCCUCAUCAACCCUUCCGAUGAAGCUGUCAGUACUGAGGUGCGCUUAAUGAUCACAGAUGCUGCAAGACACAAACUCCUGGUACUAACUGGGCAGAGUUUUGAAAAUACAGGCGAGCUCAUUCUUCAAUCGGGCUCCUUCUCAUUUCAGAAUUUUAUUGAGAUCUUCACUGACCAGGAGAUUGGAGAGUUAUUGAGCACGACUCAUCCUGCCAACAAAGCCAGCUUAACACUUUUCUGCCCUGAGGAAGGGGAUUGGAAGAAUUCAAACCUUGACAGACACAACCUUCAAGAUUUCAUCAACAUUAAGCUAAACUCUGCCUCUAUCUUGCCUGAAAUGGAAGGACUUUCUGAAUUCACAGAGUAUCUGUCAGAAUCAGUGGAAGUGCCAUCACCUUUUGAUAUCUUGGAGCCACCAACAUCAGGAGGUUUCCUGAAGCUUUCAAAACCUUGCUGUUACAUUUUCCCUGGUGGAAGAGGAGAUUCUGCAUUAUUUGCAGUCAACGGAUUCAACAUGCUCAUCAACGGGGGGUCAGAAAGAAAAUCUUGUUUCUGGAAACUCAUUCGACAUUUGGACAGAGUGGAUUCAAUUCUGCUCACCCACAUUGGAGAUGACAACCUGCCAGGGAUUAAUAGCAUGUUGCAACGGAAAAUAGCUGAAUUAGAAGAGGAACAGUCUCAAGGCUCCACUACCAACAGUGAUUGGAUGAAAAAUCUAAUUUCACCUGAUUUAGGAGUUGUAUUCCUCAAUGCCCCUGAAAGCCUAGGAAACCCCGAUCCUAAUUUUCAGUUAAAAAGAAGUGUAGAGGAGGCUUGCUUUACCCUGCAGUACUUAAAUAAGCUGUCUGUGAAACCAGAGCCUCUUUUUAGAAAUGUGGCAAACAGCACUGAACCUAUUAUCCUCUUUCAAAAAAUGGGAGUAGGGAAGCUUGAGAUGUAUGUGCUCAACCCAGUCAAAAGCAGCAAAGAGAUGCAAUAUUUUAUGCAUCAGUGGACAGGUACAAGCAAAGAUAAAGCUGAGCUGGUGCUACCAAAUGGUCAGGAGGUAGACAUCCCAGUUUCCUAUUUGACUUCCAUCUCAUCCUUGAUUGUAUGGCAUCCUGCAAACCCUGCUGAAAAAAUAAUCAGAGUUCUUUUCCCAGGAAACAGUACCCAAUAUAGCAUACUAGAUGGACUAGAAAAGCUCAAACAUUUAGACUUUCUUAAGCAACCAACAGUUACACAGAAAGACCUAACUGGUAACAUGGUAAGCCCACCAGUAAAACAAACUAAACUGAAGCAGCGAGCAGACAGUAAGGAAAGUCUUAAGCCUGCUGCAAAAUCCGUGUCUAGCAAGACAGUCAGAAAAGAAUCAAGAGAGGAGGCAUCUGACACAGGGAAGACUAGCCCACCUGAAAAGACUCAAAGGGUAGAAAGUAAAGAAAAAAACACAAAAAAGGACAAACCAGCAAAAGCUGAGACUAGGCUUUCUGUGACAGAAAAGGAUCUGACAGCUAAGGAACAGCAGCUGGCAAAAUCUGAAACAACUGAAAAACAAGCAGCAGAUGUCAAACCAAAAGUAGUAAAGGAGAAGCACGUGAGAAAGGAAGUGAAAGGAAAAUCUGAGGAAAAGCAGGAGGAGAAAGAAAAGCCAAAGAAAGAGGUGCCCAAGAGAGAAGAAAGGAUAGUGGCUAAGAAAGAGGAAAAGCCUAAAAAGGAAGAUACCAAGAAAGAUGUGAAGAAAGAAUCUAAAAAAGAAUCAAAGAAAGAAGCUCCCCCAAAAGAAUCUAAAAAGGAAGAGAAAAAGGAGAGCAAAAAAGAAGAAAAGAAGGAGCCCAAAAAGCUUCUCAAAGAAACAAAGAAAACAUCUGCCUCUCUGCUGGAGUCGAAAAAGACUACAACAAAGCCAAAGCCACAAAAGAAGGAAGAGUCUGUCAGAAAAGAAAGUGGGCUUGUUGGGAAACCAAAAGAAAAAGUUAAAAGCAAGACAGCAAAGAAAGAGAUCAAGGUUACCGAAACGCCUGCUGCAGUGGCUGCUUUGGGAGCUGUCGCUGCAACGGUAGCAGCUGUAGGUGUUGCAGCUGCUGGAAAAGAACUCGAAGCGGAGAGGUCCCUUAUGUCUUCACCAGAAGAUUUAACCAGAGACUUUGAAGAACUAAAAGCUGAAGAAGUUGAAGUAGUAAAGGAAACAAAGCCUCAGGUAGAUAUAAUAGAAAAAGAAGGCAAGUUGACUGAUAUAGAACAAAAGGAUUAUGAAGUUCAGAAAGAAAAAACAGAAGGGCCUGCUGAUUCUCCUGAUGAAGGCAUAACUACCACUGAACCCGAGGGUGAAUGUGAACAAACUCCUGAAGAGCUGGAGCCUGUAGAAAAGGACAGGGUUGAUGACAAUGAAAAGUUUGAGGAUGAAGGAACAGGUCUUGAGGAAUCUUCUGAGGCAGGGGACUAUGAAGAAAAGGCUGAGACAGAGGAAGCCGAAGAACAAGUUGUCAAUGAGGAAGAAGAGGCACCACUAGGCCUCAGAAAACAAGACCUGAAGGAUAAAAUAGAAACUGGGGAGACUGAAAAAGAAAUGGCUGGAGCGUUUGAGCAUGAAAAAGCUAAAGAUUUGAGAUAUGACGAAAAAGCAGAAUUUAGAGCAGAGGGUGAAGAGCGAGAUGAAGAACAUGUAGAUGAAAUGGUUGAAAAGGCAGAAACAGAAGAGAAUGAGGAGGAAGACAAAACUGAGGAUAUCAGAGAUGAAGAAGAUGAAACUGAAAAAGUAGAAGCUGAAGAGGAUUAUGUUAUGGCUGUGGUGGACAAAGCAGCAGAAGCUGGUGAGAUUGAUGAUAAAUAUGGCAUGCACCUAACCACUCCAGCUAAGUACUCAGAACCUUCAUCUCCUGCUAAAGAACCAGCAUCUUCAAUCCAUGAUGAAACGUUACCUGGUGGUUCAGAAAGUGAAGCAACUGUUUCAGAUGAAGAAAACAGAGAAGACCAGCCUGAGGAAUUUACUGCUACUUCAGGUUAUACCCAGUCCACCAUUGAAAUAUCCAGUGAGCCAACUCCAAUGGAUGAAAUGUCAACUCCAAGGGAUGUGAUGAGUGAUGAGACUAAUAAUGAGGAAAGUGACUCCCCUUCCCAAGAAUAUGUUAACAUUACCAAGUAUGAAUCAACACACUACUCUCAAGAAGUUACUAGGACUAAACUUUCUCCCCUUCCUGAUCCUUUCAAUGGGCUAUCUGAAGGAUCUAAAACAGAUGCUACUGAGGGCAAAGACUAUAAUGUUUCAGCUUCUACAAUUUCACCGUCUUCUUCCUUAGAGGAAGACAAAUUUGGCAAAUCUUCCUUCCAAGAUCUGUACCGCCAACGAGAAAGUGAAGUCAAGAGUACUACUAAACUAGAAAUUUCAGAAGCUUUGGAUGACAAGCAUAGCCCAACUAAGAGUCUAGAUGAAAGUCCAACCCCUCUGUCACCUGUUGCUAAAACACCCCUAAGUGAACGCAGUGUGAACUUUUCACUGACUCCCAAUGAGAUUAAAGUGACACCGGAACCUGCAGCUCUCACAGCACUCUCUGAAAAACAUGAAACCCAUGAAGAGCACUGCCCCAGCCCCGAUGAUAAAACAUUAGAAGUGGUGUCCCCAUCACAAUCAGCUGCUGGUAGUGCUGGACACACACCAUAUUAUCAAUCUCCGACAGAUGAAAAAUCAAGUCAACUUCCUUCUGAAACUACUGGAAAAGCAGAUGCUUCAUUCAGCUUUGAAGUUAGUGAUGCCAAAGAUAAUAUUACAAAACACAGACUAAGCCCAAUGGAUGAACCAGUGCCUGACUCUGAAUUGCCUUCUGAAAAAGUGCUCUCACCUUUACGGAGCCCCCCACUGAUUGGUUCAGAGUCUUCCUAUGAUGCAUUUUUGAGUGGUGAUGUAAAAUCUUCUGCUAGAGAAACUGACAGUCCCUUUGAAAAGAAGAGCGAAGGAGAUGGUUCUCCUUCGCAGAAGAGCCCAGUUUCUGAUGUUGCUUCUAAAAACCUUUUCCAAGAACAGCAAGUUGAAAAUGAUGUACAGCUUUCACCAACAAAAUUGGACUUUGUCCUAGAAAAGAAAAAGGAUGACUUAGAAACUUCAGAAACUCAGCCUUCAUUGGUUUUGGAUGAAAGGAAACUAGGAGAGAUUUCUCCUACACAGGUAGAUAUUAGUCAUUUUAGUUGUUUCAAAGAAGACACCAAGAUGUCAAUCUCUGAAGGUACAGUCUCUGAUAAAUCUGCAACACCUGUUGAUGAAGUUGUAGCAGAAGACACUUAUUCACAUAUUGAAGGAGUUGCCUCUGUUUCCACAGCAUCUGUUGCUACUAGUUCAUUCCCAGAACCAACCACUGAUGAUGUAUCUCCUUCACUGCAUGCUGAAGUUGGAUCCCCACAUUCUACUGAAGUAGAUGAUUCUCUUUCUGUAUCUGUUGUUCAGACACCAACAACAUUUCAGGAAACUGAAAUGUCUCCAUCUAAAGAAGAGUGCCCAAGACCUAUGUCCAUUUCUCCCCCAGAUUUCUCCCCUAAAACAGCAAAAUCAAGGACACCAGUUCAAGAUCAUAGGUCUCCUGAACAAUCAACUAUGUCAGUAGAAUUUGGGCAAGAUUCUCCUGAGCAGUCUUUGGCAAUGGACUUCAGCAGACAGUCUCCUGAACAUCCAAUAGUAGGUGCUACUAUGCACCAUAUAUCUGAAAAUGGUCCAACUGAAGUCGAUUAUAGCCCUACAGACAUGCAGGAGCACUCUUUUGCAAAUAAAAUAUCACCAGUGGAACAAGCAUGUUUUGGCAAUGACAAGGAUAUUUCUGAGAUUAUUUCAGUAUCUCAGAUAGAAGCUUCACCCUCUUCCUCCUCUGCUCAUACACCAUCACAGGCAAGUUCUCCACUACAAGAAGAAACUAUAUCAGGUGUCACUCAGCCUAGUGAUAUGCCCUUACAUUCUGCAUUUCCAUCAGAAAAAGUGAACAGCCUUGGAGAAAAACUUUCACCAAAAUCUGAUUUAUCUCCAUUAACACCACGGGAAUCUUCUCCUCUAUACUCACCUGGUUUUUCAGAUUCACCUCCUGUAAUGAAAACAACUACUGCCGCUUGCCACUCACCACCAUUAUCAUUGCACAUGUCCCCCGACAAAUCAUUUGGUUAUCAUACCUCAGUAGUUGAAGACUCUCUGACAAAACAUAGCCAAGAGCUCUUAGCCUUUACGGACCAGGAAGACGUUGAGGAAACGACCAGAUCGCCUGAAGCUCUUAAAUAUUCUUAUAAUGGAACUGGAAAAACCACCAGAUCACCUGAGGCUGUUAGUUAUUCCUAUGACAAAACAGAGCACACCACUGGAUCCCCUGAAGCUCUUGAUUAUUCCUAUGUUGCGACAGGGAAAACCACCAGAUCACCUGAAGCUGAUAGUUACUCCUAUGAAACAACAGAGAAAGCCACCAAGUCACCAGAAGCCUUUGAUUACUCCUAUGAAAAAUCCACCAGAUCAUCUGAGUCUGUCAGCUAUUCUUAUGAGACCACUGGAAAAACACACAUAUCUCCUGAGGCAGUCAGCUAUUCUUAUGAGACCCCUGGGAAAACUAGCAAGUCAUCUGAGACUGUCAGUUACUCUUACGAAGUGAGUGGGAAAGCCAUGAGUUCCCCAGACACUGCUAGCUACCACCAUGAGGCUGAUAAAUACUUUAUUUCAGAAAAACCAGAAACCCGUCAGGAUGUUGAUUUGUGCCUCGUUACAUCUUGCGAAUACAAGCAUCCCAAAACAGAACUUUCUCCCUCCUUUAUCAACCCUAACCCCUUGGAAUGGUUUGCUAGUGAAGAACAGACUCAAGAGCAAGAGAAGCCGUUGACUCAGUCUGGAGGAGCACAGCCGCCUUCAGGGGGGAAACAGCAAGCACGCCUGUGUGGAGAAACUCCCCCAACCUCCGUCAGCGAAUCUGCCCCAUCACAGACGGAUUCAGACGUGCCACCCGAAACGGAAGAGUGUCCUUCUAUUACAGCAGAUGCUAACAUUGACUCGGAAGAUGAAUCUGAAACUAUUCCAACAGAUAAAACCAUUACAUAUGAACACAUUGACCCUCCGCCAGUCCCCAUGCAAGAUCGCAGUCCAUCGCCUAGACACCCUGACGUCUCCAUGGUAGACCCAGAAGCCUUGCCUAUCGAUCAGAACUUAGGCAAACCAUUGAGGAAGGAUCUAAAAGAAAAGGCAAAGACGAAAAAGCAGGGCACUAAGACCAAGUCUUCCUCUCCUUCCAAGAAGAGUGAUGGCAAAUCUAAACAGGUGGCUUCACCAAAGCCUGCUGGCUUGAAGGAUUCGCUGGAUAAAGUUUCCAGAACAGCUUCCCCAAAGAAGAAGGAGUCCGUGGAGAAAGCUGCCAAAAAUGUCUCUACUCCAGAGAUAAAAUCUUCCCGUAAUGAGGAGAAAGAUAAGGAAACAAAGAAUGCAGCCAACUCUACAACAUCGAAGUCAGCAAAGACCGCAACUGCAGGACCUGGAAAUGUAAAACCAACAAAAUCUAUAGCUGUGCCUCCAGGACCUCCUGUGUAUUUGGAUCUGGUCUAUAUUCCCAACCACAGCAACAGCAAGAAUGUUGAUGUAGAGUUUUUCAAGAGGGUGAGGUCAUCCUACUACGUGGUGAGUGGGAAUGAUCCUGCUGCUGAAGAACCGAGCAGGGCUGUCCUGGAUUCUCUGCUGGAGGGCAAGGCUCAGUGGGGAAGCAACAUGCAGGUGACCUUAAUCCCUACCCAUGAUUCGGAGGUGAUGAGGGAAUGGUAUCAAGAGACCCAUGAGAAACAACAGGACCUUAACAUCAUGGUAUUGGCGAGCAGCAGCACUGUUGUUAUGCAAGAUGAAUCUUUCCCUGCAUGCAAGAUUGAACUGUAGAAAACGAAAAAAAAGCAAUGCAUCACAACCUUAAACUUUGUUUCCAGAAAUUCUUCAAUUUGAAAACACCUUUUCUAAUGUAACCCAUCUAAUUCAGCUGCCGAACUAUAUAUAUAUAUAUAUAUAUAUACCUGCCAAAUGCUAUACUGUAUCACAGUGAUGCAAGUCACUAAUCCUUUUUUUCCAGUCUUUUGCUGAUUGCUAAGGGAAAUAACAGUAUUCCCACCAUAGGGUUCAAAUUACUGCAAAAACUGCAGAUUCCGGUUCAUCUCCGCUGAACAGUUGGAAACCAUGCACUAGCAAACACUGCUGACUUCUGCCAGGUAUGGGGGCAUUUGCCCUUGAGAGAAAGACAGGGAGAGAAAGCGAGAGAGAGGAGUAGAGGAGAAUAAAAUCAUUAGUUUUGCAUUACUCUCAAAGCAAUCGAUAUAUUGCUUCCUGCAGUCUGUCAUCACAUAAAAAGAAAGAUGUAGGUUUGCAUUAGUCUGAAUUACUGCAAGAGCGGGCGUUUUUAAUUUAGUGACAAAUUAGCUAGAAAAUUACGUGAAACUGAAUGUGGCUUUGAAGGGACGUAAGAUACAAAACACUCACUUGCUGUUGGCAACUUCACUUUGAACAUGUCAUAUUCGCGUCACAGAACUCUCCUAGGCAAUAUAUGCAAGUAGUUUGAACCCCAUUCGGUUUAACAUGUGAACAUGUUGGUCUAAGGCAUGCUCCCAGUGAAAAAUACAUCUAGUCUACUCUUAAAUUCGACAAACUUGCAUGCUGAAACACCCAAGUCACACUCAAGUUUACUGAAGCAACAUACCAAAGCAGUUGGGAGUACCUAUGGUAGACAAUUUGCCUUAGAAUGUGACUUGAAUGUACAAAAAUACUUGAUGCACUUAUUUUUUAAAUGCAAGAUAGCAAGUUUAUAAAACAUCUGUGUAGGAUUAUAGUUACACCAGUACAGAAGUAUGCGUGUGCAUGUGUGCUACUGGAAACCUCUCUGAUUGGUCAAAAAGCUUGGUGCUAUGAAUUAUGCAUGUAAGUUGAGCACUUCAUUUGUGCACCUGAACAGCAAGCCUUU